UUCACUGUAAUUGUGCAUUCAUUAUUGUUUGCAGAGCCUGAAACUGCGGGAGAGAAGGAGACACAUUUCACCUUCCCGUCGGAAGCCUUUUCUUUUCUGGCCAUGUCUUCCGUAGGAACUGCUGAGCCAGAUGGGGACCAGAGGGACAGGCAUGUCAGCAAGCUCGUUUUCUUCCUCUUCAUCUUUGGGGCAGUCCUGUUGUGUGUGGGAGUCCUGCUCUCCAUCUUUGGCUACCAGGCAUGCCAAUAUAAGCCCCUCUCACACUGCAGCAUGGUGCUAAAGAUUGCUGGGCCCUCUUGUGCAGUGGUGGGGCUGGGGAUUGUGAUUCUAGCCCGCUCCAGGGCUCGCCUGCACCUGCGUGAGGAGCAGCGGCGAGGCCACCAGGACACUGAUCAAUCCUUCGUCUGUGGAGAGAGCCGCCAGUUUGCCCAGUGCCUCAUCUUUGGGUUCUUGUUCCUGACCAGUGGCAUGCUCAUCAGCGUACUGGGCAUUUGGGUGCCUGGAUGUGGCUCAGACUGGGAACAGGAGUCCCUGAAUGAGACAGAUACUGGAGAAUCAGAGGCCCAGAUGUGCAGCUUCCUGUCUCUGCAGAUCAUGGGGCCCUUGAUUGUGCUUGUGGGACUGUGUUUCUUUGUGGUGGCCCAUGUUAAGAAGAAAAACAACUUGAGUUCAAGCCGACAUACUCCUGAAAUGGAAGGGGAACACACCCACAGUACGGAGCCUGUUCAUAUCACUGUAGGUGACUCGGUGAUAAUAUUCCCGCCCCCUCCACCACCUUAUUUUCCUGAGUCUUCAGCAGGAACUCGACCUCCUGGGCCUAACAGUUUGCACCACACUGAAAACCCACCUUCCUAUUGCAGUCUUUUUAACUAUGGAAGGACCCCAACUCCUGAGAACCAGGGCGCAGCCUCUGAGAGAGAACGGGAAGUCAUUUACACCAUUUCUGGACCAGGUUCACCCUCUGCGAGCUCACACCCUGGACAUCUUCCACUGGAUCUGCCUCCUAGAUAUGAAGAGAAAGAAACUGCCCUAGCCACACCCUUGGAUGCUCCUUCUGAGCCAUCCCCACCAUGAAUGAUGGACUCUAGUUUUAUAUAUUUCAUGGAUUGUUUUUUAUUUAAUUUUUUUAAUAAAAAUACAAUAACA